CGAAUUCGAUUUGUCUGAUUUCCACCUCGUCCCACAUUGACUUUGUGUUCUCUAAAUACAACUAUUUAUAGAUAUUUGUUCCCAGGAGUACUUCUUCCUUAGCAAAACCUCUCCUUUUUGUUAGGAACUCUCUCUCUCUCUCUCUCUCUCUCUCUCUCUCUCUCUCUCUCUCUCUCUCCAUAAAUGCAACCUUAGUUUCUCACAUAUCCACAUACACUAGCUUUGAUAAACUCUCUCAUUCCAUAAAUGCAACCUUAGUUUCCUUCUCGCCUCUAAACGUCUUUAAAUACAGAUAAAUUAGUCACACAAUUCGGCAAUACAACAAAUCGUACUUUCCGAUACGAAGUAAAUGGAAAACUUCAACCGUAUUAGUAGUAGUAGUACAACCUACGACGAGCCAAUAGAAUUGCCGCCCGGUUUCCGAUUCCACCCGACCGACGAAGAGCUUAUAACUCACUACUUAUGUCCCAAAGUACUCAACACCACCUUCACCACCAAAGUCAUCGGAGACGUCGACUUGAACAAAGUCGAACCAUGGGAAUUGCCAUGGAAGGCGAAAAUGGGUGAGAAAGAGUGGUAUUUUUUCUGCAUUAGAGAUAGGAAGUAUCCGACUGGAUUGAGAACAAAUCGAGCUACCGAAGCUGUAUGGAAAGCAACCGGUAAAGACAAGGAGAUUUUCCAGGCGAAGAAAUUGGCCGGGAUGAAAAAAACUUUGGUUUUCUAUAAAGGAAGAGCUCCGAGAGGUGAAAAGACCAAUUGGGUUAUGCACGAGUAUCGAUUAGACGGAACAAAUUCCGGUUUUAAUCUCCCGAAAACUGCCAAGAACGAAUGGGUGAUAAGCAGAAUUUUCAAGAAAAGUUCGGGAGGGAAGAAAGUGCAUAUAUCGGGGCUUAUCAGAAGUGGAGAUUGUCGUUCCGAUUUGCCUCCACUGACAGGAAUCGCGCAUGAAGCAGAAAGAUCACAUGUGUCCUGCUUCUCCAAUUCAAUAAUGGACGAAAAAUCGGUCGACGAAUUCAGUUCUUGUUCGAAGAACAACGACUACUAUACUCCAACGGCUCAAUUUAUUUUCUCCAAAUCUCCCAAUUUGAAUUCGGGUACGGUGGUGAAUUCGAGUUGCCCGCAUUCCAUUUCGUUGCAAGAUCAUUCGGUAUUUGGUGUAAAUGAUGAUAUUUCCAAUCUCGAAGUGGGAUUUAAGCCUUACGAGGAUGAUGCGGAGCCAGUGGAAUUCGAUUGUUUGUGGAAUUACUAAAUUCCUUAAAUAAUAUUCAAGCUGUUAGUAAAAUGUAUCAUUAAUAUUCAAAUAUGUGUAAAUUGAUUUAUUUUUAUCUGAACUUAAAUAUGUAACACAUAAAUAAGUAGCAAGAUCAUAGUUUUAUUUUUAUUUUUUAUUGAAUAAUUAUUAUUU